AUGUGGCACUUUUUGGCGCGAAACAAGCAGGCGGCUGUGAUGUUGGGGUUGCUAGCGGUGGCGGCGUUUGUUGUUGUCGUUCUGGCGACAAAGGGCGCCAGUAUUGCCAUUGUAGAAAACUUGUCCACGGAAACGGAUGACAUCAGCAAUGACCCACAUUUAUUCUCUACUUAUAGCCUACCGUCAGACAAUCGAUUCAUGCCAUCCAUCGGGAAUGGUCACAUAGCAACCAACGUGUUCAGCGACACAGUCUAUAUGAACGGCUUGUACAACGGCUACAAAGGCAAAAGUCGUCGGGCGAGAAUUCCCGCCUGGGCCAAUAUAAGACUCAAUUCAACCUUAACCGACCAUCCAUACAGCCCAGUUUACAGUCUGGAUACUAAACAAGGAGUGUUCACGGUGACCGUCGACCGGGACAGGUCGGUUGUGACGCAGAGGAUAUACGCCCACAGGUUUUACACGAGGGCAAUAGUGAAUCAGAUUCAAGUGGCCUCGAAACAUCGCCCGGAUCCGGACUUCCUCCAUCCUGAGAUCUGGAUAGCAAUAAAAUUGAUGCCAGGUCCAGGCAGCGAUGAUAUAGUCUUCCAAGACCCCGUUCCGGAGAUCCUCGAUGGUCGGACGGUAUGGAGUGUGUGUGGUCAGACCAAAGAGUCAGAGGACCCUACUUACCAGCCGCUGCCAGUGGACAUAUGCGCGUACUGGACGUCCGUACCCGAUCAUCUAGUUGUACCACAACACGGCUCUCGGGUCUUCACAUUUGCUAUGACUGCGGAUAAAAAUAAAACUGUCGCAAGACAAGAAUUGAUAAAAGUUUUACAGGAAGACGGCGAGGAGUUAUUUGACAAACAUGUAGAACAAUGGGGACGGUUGUACCACCAGGCUGGCAUGCAGAUAGAAGGCAAUUUGAAAUUGGCCAAAAUAGUGAAUGGCAUCUGGUACUACUUACUCAGUUCGCUGCCAGCGGAAGAGUCUCAUCAGCCUCUAGACCGAUUCUUCGGCCUCAGCCCAACUGGACUCGCCAGAGGUGGUACAUUUGAUGAUUACGAAGGGCACAACUUCUGGGACACGGAGAUCUGGAUGUACCCUACUAUUCUUCUAUUGUACCCUCACUAUGCGCACUCUUUACUCCAGUACAGAUUAGAAACGGCAUAUGUCGCCGCACAGCUCGCAAGAAUAACCGGACAUAAGGGAUACAGAUUUCCAUGGGAGAGCGCGUACACGGGCACGGAAGUAACGCAGCCGUGUUGUCCAGAAGUGGCGGAGUUCGAGCAACACGUGUCAGGCUGCAUUUCGUUCGCCGCCAGGCAAUAUUUAGCAACCACCAGAGAUGAAGAGUGGUUGAAGCAAGGUGGCUGCUCGCUAGUGACAAAUAUCGCCGAUUUCUGGGCUUCGCGUGCCGUCAUAAAUUACACCACUGGACUUUAUGAUAUAAAAAACGUGAUGGGGCCAGACGAAGAUCACAGCAACGUCACUAACUCCGCCUUCACCAACGUGGUCGCUGGUUACUCUUUGUAUUUAGCGGAGUACGUAUCGUGCCUUUGCAAGGAAUACUACUUGUCUAAGGCCCCGGAGCAUUAUGCCGACAUUGCGUGGAGCCUCGCCUUGCCUUACGACGGCGAGUGGGACUACCACCCAGAGUACGCCGAAUAUAAAAGAAGCGAGAAGAUUAAGCAAGCAGAUGUAGUACUGUUGGGCUUUCCUUUACAAUACCCGAUGAAUGAAUCGACAAGGGCAAAUGAUCUCAAGUACUACGAGUCGGUGACUCGCAACGACGGCCCCGCUAUGACCUGGAGCAUACACACUGUUGGAAUCCUUCGUUCUGGAGAUAGUGCGAAGGCCGCAAAGAUGUUCAACAAAAGUUAUGAUGCUUAUGUGAGGGAGCCUUUUAAGGUGUGGAGCGAGCUCCGUCGACCAGACGUUGGUGCGGUGAACUUUCAGACGGGAAUGGGAGGGUUCCUUCAGGCGAUAGUGUUCGGUUACGCUGGAUUAAGCGUCUACUUGGACCGUUUCGAAAUCCACCGUGCGCAGCUACCACCUCAAGCUACUAGAUUAAAAAUUAAAGGCAUAAAAUACCUGGGUACAAAUCUAAAUUUGGAUAUAGACGACGUCGACGUCACUCUGACGGUCACAUCCGUCGAUGAUAAGUGGCCUCUAGUCUUGAACAAUGGAAAGUACAACACUACUUUGAUUCCAGGGUUGACUGUGACGCUGUCAGGUGAAGGACCUUUCACAAUACGCUCAGCGCCCUGGAAGGACUGCAAGUUACCCGCUGAUAUAAUCGGUCAGAACUACCUGAGGCAAAUAAACGUUUAG